AACGAGAGAGAGAGGAUUUGUGGCAUGUAGUUUGUCAGCUGUCAUUAGGCGCAGAUGACACACACACACAUACAAAGGUAAACUGGCAGAGAAAAGAGGAGAAAUACAAAACGAGUUUGUGUGGUGCUUGUGUUGUGAGGUGCUCUGUUGACUGCGUGUUUGGUGUGAAAAAAGAAAACGAAAAAAAAAAAACCAACAGUGCGUCCGCCCGGCUGGCAUGGGAUGAUCAGCCGGCUCUGGACUGGUUAUGGACUGGUUUAACCAAAGCAGAGGUGCUGAUAUUUGCUGAAGAUGAGUAGUGGGGGGGGAAACACCCCGGAGCCCCCCAGAGGGGGUGAGCCUCUGAAGAGGAAGGACUGUCAGUCAGACCUAGUGGGGCCAAGUCCUAAGAGGAGCACUGAGAGAAGGAACCGGGAGCAGGAGAACAAGUACAUUGAGGAGCUGGCUGAGCUGAUCUUCGCCAACAUCAACGACAUGGACGACCUCAACGUCAAGCCAGACAAAUGCGCCAUCCUCAAAGAGACGGUGAAGCAGAUCAGGCAGAUCAAGGAGCAGGAAAAAACUCCAGUGGCUGAUGCUGAGGAGGUGCAGAAGGCCGACGUCUCCUCCACAGGGCAGGGUGUCAUUGAUAAAGACGCCCUUGGGCCCAUGAUGUUGGAGGCCCUGGACGGCUUCUUUUUUGUGGUCAACAUGGAGGGCAACAUUGUGUUUGUCUCUGAGAACGUCAGCCAGUAUUUGCGCUACCAGCAGGAGGAGCUGAUGAACACCAGUGUCUACAGCGUGCUGCACGUUGGAGAUCACGCCGAGUUUGUCAAGAACCUCCUGCCCAAGAGCCUGGGUAAGAACCACAGAGAGCUCACUGUCAAUCAUCGCAGCAGUGAUGCAUCCAAUAGGAACAGCCACACAUUCAACUGCCGUAUGUUGGUUAACCCUUAUGGCCACGGUGAAGCCCGACCAGCGUCUGACCAGCAGGACGCGUCACAGCAGAAGUACGAGACCAUGCAGUGUUUUGCCGUGUCCGAACCCAAGUCUAUCAAGGAAGAGGGGGAAGAUUUCCAGUCGUGUCUCAUCUGUGUGGCAAGAAGAGUCCCUGUCAAAGAGAGACCUGUGAUGCCUGCGUAUGAGAGCUUCACCACGCGACAAGAUCUUCAAGGUAAAAUCACGUCCCUGGAUACCAGUCUGCUCCGUGCAUCCAUGAAGCCCGGCUGGGAGGACCUGGUUCGGCGUUGCAUUCAGAGGUUUCACCUGCAGAAUGACGGGGAGAUGUCCUUUGCUAAGAAACACCAGCAAGAAGUGUUGAGGAACGGCCAUGCUCUCAGCCCUCUGUACAGAUUCUCCCUAGCAGACGGGACCAUCGUCUCAGCUCACACCAAGAGCAAGCUGGUCCGAUCGCAAGCCACCAACGAACCACAGCUCUACAUGUCCCUGCACAUCCUGCAGAGAGAGAAUAUGGGUGGCAUGACUGCAGACAUGCCUGGUGGCCAGGGCAUGGCCAAACCAAUGACCCCAACCAGUGUGAGUGCCCCCUCCCCAUCUCCUGAUGCCAGUGUCACCAGCAAUACGCACCACUCUGCCACAGCCUCCACUGCCCCUGGACGUGGUUUCGGGGCUGUAUCGGGUCGGGCACCCACGCCUCAGGGAUCACAAAAGAGCCAAGCGCUCAAGCUGGGCAGCCCUUCAGCCCAGGGUAGCCCCAGCUUCACCUCAGGGGCCCAGGGUGCCAUGUUGUCUCCUCGUCAUCGCCAGAGCCCCAGCAUGGCGGCUAGCAGCAGCUGUAGUAGCCCUCACCUCUCUCAACAUCCCCCUGGUUCUUUCUCUCCUGCAGCCGGACUCCACUCGCCAGCAUCUGUAUGCAGCAGCACAGGAAACAGCCAAGGGUUCAACUCCCUUAGUGCACUGCAGGCCUUCAGCCAGGGCCACAGGGUUUCCCAGGGACUUACCGAGGGGCAGCAUCCGGAGUCACCUGACAGAAAGCAUAUUGGCCUUCAGAGCCCUCUUCAAAGCAGCAGCACUGGGAGCCAGCAAGCCAAGAACAAUCCCAGUCUAGAGGCAGACUUGUUGGGGACUUUUGGGGAGCAGCAAGACUUGUUGUCAUCUCCAAACCAGGAGGGUGAGCAGGAGAAAGAUGAGGACCCUGAAAGCUUUGAAGGUAAUGGAAGCUUAGGGGAGCUUGGCGACGGCCCAGAUCGCCUUCUGAACACAAAAGGGCAUACUAAGCUGCUCCAGCUCCUCACCACCAAAUUAGAGCCCCCUGAUCCUUGCUCAUCACCGCCCCUGGGGGAUGACCAGAACUGUAAGGACCAGCUUGGGGGUGUGGGUGGGGCUGGGCAUAACAACCACUCCAGCUCGCUAAAGGAGAAGCACAAAAUUCUCCACAGGUUGCUGCAGAACAGCACCUCACCUGUGGAGUUGGCCAAGCUAACGGCUGAGGCUACCGGAAAAGACCCCAUUGGUCCAUCUGAGUCAGCUUCAGGAGAUAACAUGGCUGCCCUAGGUGAACUCUGCACAAAACAGGAGCCCGGCAGCCCCAAAAAGAAAGACAAUGCUUUGCUUCGCUAUCUGUUGGAUAGGGACGAUAACGGGAUCCUGGAUAAAGCCAUCAAGAUGGAGCCUGGUGAUGGACCCAAGCUGUCCAACAUAAAGACAGAGAAACAGGAGACGGGUUUCAACAUGGCGGACCAGACGUUGGAGUUGGAGGACCUCCUGGAGGACCUGCAGAGCGGCGGCCAGCAGCAGCUGUUUGUAGGCCAGCCACCAGUCAGAAGACCAGCUUCCUCUUCGUCCUCCUCUUCCUCUGUGCCACCUGGUUCCUCUGUGGACAAACAGAGCAUCAUCAGCGACAUCUUGCAGAUGACAGAAAGCAGCAGCAGUAGCCCCCCCAACCAGCACAGAGCCUUCCCUUCCAUCGGCUCCACAAGUUUUAACAGUGCCAGGCCAGGCCAGCCGUGUCGAGGUGCCCCUCCAGUCAGGAGCUCGUCCCUGGACGGCGGUAUGGGCCCCAACCCCAACGCUGGCAGGCCAUUUCCUCCUCAGCACAGGAACAACAGUCCCUACUCCUUACUCCAGCAGCAACAGCAGCAAGGCAUGAUGGCAACCCAUGCAGGCAUGGCAAACCAGGCUGCAAUGGCCAAUCCAGGCAUGCUGAGUAAUGGAUCAAUGCGGGGCUCUAUGCAGCAGGGCUGGGGUCCCCAGGGGCCCAUAGGGGGUACUGCAGGGCCGAUGAUGGGCCAAGGGGUUGGACCAAGUCGGAUGGUCCCUAACAUGAAUGCUGCGCUGCCCACUAGAGGCCUGCCUGGAUCCAGAGCCAUGGUCAACAUGCAGAUGAUGGGCAAUGAGAUGGAAAUGGCAAACCCCACCUACCCUCAUCAACAACCUCCGCCCAAUCAGACCGCACCAUGGCCAAACCGAAUGAUGGCUAUGGAUCCCUAUGGAAACCAAAGCAGGCCACCGUACAGCGUUCCCCAGGAGGACGGGAUGAGGUGUUGUGGAACAGGGCCCGAGGGCCAGCCAGAUGAAGGAGCCCUUCUGAACCAGCUGUGCUCAGUGUUGAAGGACUAUGAGGGUCUGGAGGAGAUCGACAAGAUGCUGGGUAUUCCAACGCUGGCUGGACAGGGUUCUUUGCAAGACCAGGACCAGUACCUUGGCUCCUCGGACCCAACGGCCAACAUGAAGCCUCUCCUGUACAGUCAACACUACGGCGGCCAGCCAGGUUAUGGCGGCAUGCCUCCUGACGGCGGGUUCCACGGCCCCUCUAUGAGCGGCCACAUGGGGCCACAGAGGAUGGCGCCCACUGGUUACCCCCCAAUGAUGAGGAUGCCUGGGCCCAGAGCGGUUGGGAUGAGGCCAGGCGGGCCUAAUCCAGGAGUGCCGCCACAGCCCAACAACCUGAGGCUCCAGCUGCAGCACAGACUCCAGGCCCAGCUGAACCGUCAGCCAAUGGUGAACCAGAUGAGUGGAGUGUCUAAUAUGAAUCUACCUCUAAGAUCCAAUGUACCAAACCAGGGAACCCUCAACGUCCAGAUGCUGGCCCAGCGUCAACGUGAGUACCUCAGCAACCACCUACGCCAACGCCAACAGCAGCAGCAGCAGCAGCAGCAGCAGCAGCAGCAGCAGCAACAACACGUGCACCAGCAGCGUGCCAUGAUGAUGCGGACUCAGGGCAUCAACAUGCCACCCAACAUGCCCAGCGGGGGCGCCGCUCCCACGCCGAUGCCCAUGGGUGGCACCAACCCACGGCUCCCACAGGGCAACCCACAGCAGUUCCCCUACCCGGCGUCCAGCUACGGUACCAGCCUGCCCUCUCCUCCUCCACCUCCUCCUCCUCAUCCCGGCUCCUCCAGCCCCUUCUCCUCCCCUCUCUCCCCCAGCCAUCAUCUGGCUAGCCAGGGCAUGAUGGGAAAUGUAGGCGGGCAGUACAGCGGGGUAAUGAGUCCUCCAUCACAGCACAGUGCCUACCAGUUCACCAGUUCAGGAAUGAGCCAGCAGCAGCAACACCAGGAUCCAGUGUCAGGUUUUCCAUGUGGGACUACGACCCCGCAGAGCCCCCUGCUGUCCCCCAGGAUGGGGCAGGGCCAAAGUCCCAUGCUGCAACAGAACCAGGGCCAAACCCAGCCCCAGGGUCCAAACCAGAGAACAGCACCAGGCUACCCGCCGGGUUCUGACCUCAACGGAUGGCCCCAAGCUGCCAACAUCUCCACCAGCAACAGUUUGCCUCCUCCCAGUGUGUACCCCCAACAGUCCCAGUCCCAGUACUCCACACAACCCAGUGGAGGAAUGUACAACAGCAACAACACCAUGAACCUGGGAGACAUGGCCAGCAGUGGUGGCAACAUGAACCUGAUGUCAGGACAGAUGGGCUCCCAUAAUACAGAGCAGGUGAGGGACGACAGCCUGAUCCUGGAGCAGCUGGCGGGAAUUGACAUGUUGACGCAAGAGGGUGAAGGCAGUUCUAAUUUCUGCUGACCCCGGCUGUGUUUGAGACAAGGUAACACAGAAGCCAGUACAAAAACGCUGACGCCUACUCAGCUCCGCUCAGCUCAGCUCAGCUCACAGAGAAGCACCAAGGAGCUGAGGACACGUGAGGAAACAUUGCUCCUUCUGUCACACCAGCCAACUCUGAGGCACUGUAGGGAAAGGACAACCAUAUAUAUAUGAGAGAGUACAUUUUUGUGUGCGCGUUUGUGUGUGAAACUGAGACAACGGUUUGACACUGGAGAAAUGAAUGGUUGACAAGCAUAAAUGAAACCUCUGGAUUUUAUCUUUUACGGUUCUAUUUCAGAGCCUGGCUAAAAACAGCGAAUGAGAAGGUUUAUGAAAAAUAUUUUACAGGUAUUUAUAGUUUUAAAGAAGUUCUAGAGAUUCUUUGUAUGAAGAAAAAAAAUCAAGGAUAUCUUUCUUUAAGAAAAUCUCUCAAAAUGGUACAUUUUGAUGUCGAUUUUAAAAUUAAUAUAUUUCAACUGCUGUAGUUACAGGGGAGCUGUAUCCCUAUUUAAUGACUUUUUGAAUGAAGGUGAAUGUGUAUAGAUAGUGUACAUACUUAGAUUUAAUAUACACUCUUUUCUUUAUGUGAUAAUGCAAAACAGCAGUUUGGAGUUUUAGUCCAACAUCUCUCUGAGAGCAGAAAUAUUUCAUCUGUUAAAUGAAACCUCGGUGAAUGCAAGUCAAUUAAUUUGGUUUACUCUAAUAAGAAAGAUGGAACUUGGUCAAAAUGUUAACAGAAUAUUUUAAUCUGUGUACGUAUUUUUCAUCAUCAUAUGGCCAUUGUAAAACCUUGGCUUGUCAACAUGCCAGCUAACUGGCUUUCCUUGCUAAAAUCAGCGAGCUAUGCUAUUUUGCUAGCUGAGAUUCAACCAAUGAAAUCAUUUCUGCCUCCAAAGCAGCUUCGCCUCUAAAAAUCUGUGUACAACUAAUAAAACGUCAUGCUACUGUGAUUCUUUUUAAAAUGACACUUCAUGGUUGCAAUGCACCGGCCUGCAGGAGUCGCCCUUGCAUCACAGACAUUUAGCUGAAGCUCUCCGUCAUCCUGAAGGACAAUUCAAAAGUGUGUUGUCUGUUGUGUCGGGUCUUUCUGUGGGUGAGUCUGUGAUUUUUGAAUGACAAGACAGUCUCUACCUACUCUAUGUACUGGUGAUGAAUGCAAAUACAAACCAGUCUGGGAAGGAUGUCAGGUUUUGCACCAAGGAUAAUGUCUCACCUGGUCCCUGUAUUCAGACUAACUGCUGAAUUAAAUCUGUUUCACAAAGAAGAUCAGGUCACCCAGAACCUUUAUCCCCAAAAGUGAUAUUGACUUCUACAGACUGGACCUCUAGCAUUUUGGGAACAGUUUAAUCAAGUCAGUUUGGAAGGUGCUCUCUGGAUUUAUGAGGUGCUGUCAUGUAUAAGCUUAUAAUUAAGAACAAACUGUAACUGGCAAUUUCCUGAAUCCGCUUUUCUCUAAUUCAGAUGGUCCAGAAAUCUAAUUAGCACACACUGUAACAAUGAGAUUACUUUUCUUCCCAAAAGAAUAAUGUGAAAAUGCAAACUGACUUUUUUAAUAGCGUUGAUCACAUUUUUCUUUAUGUCCUUUUAGCUUUCAAUGCAAAUAUUUUUCUAGAAAACCUCCAGCAGAAAAUGUAAGCCAUGGAAAAAUCCUGAAUGUCAAACUCUCUGCAAAGGUUUGAGGCAAUCAUAAGCGGAACUCAUGUACAGUAACUCCUUAUGUUUUAGAUGAAAGUGAAUUAUUUUCUCUUGAUUUUCACUUAUACGGUAUACACAUAUAUAUUGAAGACUUCUCUUGAUUUGUAGUUGAACAUUUUAACACUUGCAAAAUCCUGUUAUUCAUGGAAACACCUUAAGAUGCAAAACACAAAGCAUAAUGCCUUAGUUCUGUGAUUCUCUGUCUGGCGUAUAACUGUAAGGUUUACAGGUGUGUUAUAUGUGUCACAUACUGCUGAGUGUUUUACCACUUUAUUCAUUAGGUGCAAUAAUUAGACAGUCAGGUUUUUGUUUGGUUUUUUUUCUCCUCCCCAAAAGCGACACACAACAUCCUGUUUUAACCUACGAAUCAGCUCAUGGAAAUUCCACUAAUACUGUGUGGGCUGUAAUAGUGCAAAUUAUUUUUAUUUUUUGUAGUUUAACUGUAUUGUUGCACCUUGUCACCAUGCAAUGUAUCAGGGAGACUCUCCCUCACUAACACUGUAUUUUUUGUUUUUUAAAGGGGCAUUAAGUAAUCUUUGACCAGCGUGUCUUUAGAUGGCCUGUAGUUGACACUGAUAACAUAGUCAGGGAUGCAAGUAGUGAUCUAGUCCUAACGCUGGAAUGUACUACUAAUAAAAUGAAGCACCUAUUUCUGACAAAAUAUUUAGAUAGUUCAAAAUUGGACAAAAAACAGCAACUAAUUUUUCAUUUGAGAAGAGAAGCUUAAAGUUCUUAAAUGUUAAGUGUUGUAGCUGUAGAAAGACUUUGCCUAAAUAAUAUGGUCUGAAAUUGUCCAAACGUCAAACAAAAACAUCCCAGGAUGCACCUAAGGAGGGAAAACUACAAUGCUAAAUAGAAGAAAUGUAAAAACUAAGACUAACUGGAAUGGCGUGACGUGACUGUUUAAACUAUAUUUUACUGAGAUCUUACUUUUUUAAAAAAAUAAUAUCUUAAUAAAUAUAUCUUAUUCCAUUUUUUUCUAUUUAAAGCCACUACACAUAGGAUAUUUUCCAGGGUUAUAGCAUCUUUAAAUUAUUUCUUAUGGCAGGAGUUCUUGUUUGUAGAAAAAUGCAAAAAAAAAAUUAGUAGUCAUAAUGUGUCUCUAGGUGUAGUUUUUUGUUCUGCCACUAGAUGGCAUCAACCUGUCAAUGUUUUAAUCCUGCACACAGUGGAUUAAGAUCGCACUGGUGAUACUGGUCUGCAUUAAACAACAAUGCAAACAGAAAAAAAAUAAUAUUUCUCCGAUAUUGUUGCAUCAUAACUGCAUCAGGAUGUGUAAAGCUGACAGGAACAUGUACAUGUAGUGCUGUGCAAAUAUGCCACCAUGAGUUUUGUAGCUUGACAGGGAGAUUUUAUAGCCUUAUCUAGCUGAAAUGUGUCUUUAUACAACAGUGUCAGGGAGUUUUUAUUUUAUACAACUAGUGCAGGUUGGAAAGUUUGGAUUUAAAAUGACAGACAUCUAAGAAACUGGAGAAAUAAUCACUGAGUCAAACUACUGGGCCACAGAGGCAGACUUUUUUUCUUUGUGCUUUGAUGAAGAAAACAAACUCAUUGCCCCUUUUAGAAUAUUAUGUUAAAGUUCCUCAUGAGUUUGUCUGUGAUCAGCUGGCAGUUGACAUUGAGAGGUGUUCCCCAAAUUAAAAGAUUUUUUGUAUUAGUAUCCUCUCUGCCGUGAUGUUCAUAGUAAAUAUCUCAGCGGUGACACAGUCCAGUACAUACAGUUAAUGCAGAGUGUUUUAUUAUGCAGAAGUCCAGACGUUCACACGACUUUAUGCAAGCUGUCGACUCUAAUGUUGCUUUUGCCAAUGCUGCUCGUUAAUUUAUGAUUCAUGCCACUGUAAAUAAAUUAUUUUUAUUGAG